AUGGAGCUCAAAAAAGCAGCCUCUUGUAGCCCAUCAAGCACAAAAGCAGAAUAUCGCGGUUUAGCUCAUUCUACCUCAAAGCUAUUAUGGAUUGAAUCCCUCUUAACAGAGUUACAUGUCCCGUUUCUUCCUCCGACUCUAUUCUGUCAUAAUGUUAGUGUUGUUUUCCUUUCACAUAAUCCCGUGCUUCAUGCUCACACUAAACAUGUUGAGCUGAACAUUCAUUUUGUUAGGGAGCGCGUUGUAGCACGUCAACUGCAGGUGAAACACAUAUCUGCUCAUGCACAGAUUGCAGACACCUUGACAAAACCGCUUGGGACGAGAACCUUCCAACUUUUCUGUGGCAAACUCAAAGUGAUUUGUCUCAACCCCCCUUAA